AUGACAUCAAACUGUAUUAUCAAUCCAUUUAUCGGUAAAUAUGCAGAGCGAAUUUUCACCCGUAGUAUUGUUGGCUGGCCGGGUGUCACUCACCUUGAAGGUGAUGAUUUUAGUCAAGUCAUUGCAUGUGCCGAACAACAAGCUGGUUUUGCUUAUACUGAAAUAGAACACAUGAUCACCAUUGGUUUUGCACGCAACACGUUAAUGAAUGCUGCCCCACAAGUUGUUGAACAAAUCAAAGCGGGUAACAUUAAACACUUCUUCUUAAUUGGUGGUUGUGAUGGUACUAAAACUGAACGUCAUUACUAUACUGAUAUGGCCAAUGCAGUACCAAAAGACAGUGUAAUUUUAACCCUUGGCUGUGGCAAAUAUCGUUUUAACAAACUUAACUUUGGUGAUAUCAAUGGUAUUCCUCGUUUGCUUGAUAUUGGUCAAUGUAACGAUGCUUAUUCUGCAAUUCAAUUGGCGAUUGCGUUAUCUGAAGUAUUUGAAUGUGAUAUCAACCAAUUACCAUUAACGUUAGUAUUAUCUUGGUUUGAACAAAAAGCGAUUGUAAUCUUACUAACGCUACUUUCAUUAGGUGUAAAAGGGAUCUACACCGGCCCAUCAAUGCCGGCAUUCUUAACUGAUAAUUUAGUUGCAUUGUUGCAAGAAAAAUUUGAUAUUCGUGCGACAGGUACAGUAGAAAACGAUUUAGCCACCAAUCUAGCACCUAACCGCAGCAUAAUAUAA